UUUUGGAGAGCCAUUUGAAUUGAUGAUAACUUUAUUUUAUUUUCCUUAUAAUCCCAACUUCUGAUUUCACCAUCUCCCACUUCUCAGAGGACAAAGCAAUUAAUUGUUUGAGAUUGUUCAAAAGUAAGAGGGUACUUUCACUGUUAACUGUGAACCACAACUGUGCCAUUGGUGUGUCUGUCUUUGAGCAUCUAGGCUGUUACUUGAAGCACAUCAUCAUCAUCAUCAUCAUCAUCCAUGCCUGCUUUAGCAAUCACUCCCCAAAUUCGCACGCCCAUUACUAUAAAACCCAAAAUCAAGCACAAACAAAAACAGAAACCCAAGAGUUUCUCACUUUCCACAACCCCAAUAACACAAGCCAGUUUCUCUGACCCUUUUGUUCUUCAAUUAGCUGAGACUCUUGAAGACUCCCUCUCUCCUUCUGUCUCUCUUCAAAGACUCAGAGAUUCCUCCUCUGAGUCUCUCCUCUCUACUUCUUGGCCUUCUCGUAAAGAUGAGCCCUUUAGGUUCACUGAUACUUCAUUUAUUAGGCUUUCACAAAUCGUUCCAAUCACUAAACCACCACAAUUAGAUUACUUACCGAGCAUUAAUGAGGAUACCCUUUUGCCUAGUAUUGUUAUUGCUGAUGGGUUUGUGUUAAAUUCUAUGUCAAAGUUGUCAACUUUGCCUGAUGGGGUUUAUGUAGGUAGUUUGUUGAGUGAUUCUAGUGAUAGAAUUGCCGAAAGGGUAUUGGAGUUUGUAGGUGAUUUUGAAUGGGGUGAUCUGUUUUGGUCCAUUAAUGGAUUAGGAGCUCACGAUAUGACAGUGGUUUAUGUUCCUGCUGGGGUUAAAGUGGAGAAUCCCAUCCAUUUUAAGUAUGUUUCAGUCGAGGGAGGAGAGAAGGGGUCUAAAAAGCUACCGGUUUCAAAUCCGAGAGUUUUUGUGGUAGUGGAGGAGGGUGGAGAGGUUGGGAUAAUUGAGGAGUUUGUGAGUAAAGAAGGGAAUGAUGAUAGGUAUUAUUGGGCGAAUCCUGUUUUAGAAGUGGUGAUCGGGAAAGGAGCAAAGGUUAGGCAUUCUUAUGUGCAGAGCCAGUCCUUGAAUUCUGCUCAUAUCAAGUGGACUGCUGUCCGACAGGAAGCAGCUAGUACCUAUGAGCUUGUAGAGGUAAGCACCGGGGGGAAAUUGAGUAGGCACAAUCUCCAUGUUCAACAAUUGGGUCCAGAUACAGCUACAGAGUUAUCGACCUUCCACUUGUCUGUUGGUGAUCAAACACAAGAUUUGCAUAGCAGGCUAAUUUUGGACCAUCCAAGAGGUCGUUCUCAGCAACUUCACAAGUGUAUUGUUGCUCAUUCACAAGGACAAGCUGUCUUUGACGGGAAUGUAAAGGUCAACAGAUAUGCACAGCAGACAGAUGCAGGACAAUUAACAAGGAGCCUCCUCCUUGAACCACGUGCAACUGUGAAUGUCAAACCCAAUCUCCAAAUUAUUGCAGAUGAUGUCAAGUGCUCCCAUGGAGCUGCAAUCAGCGAUCUGGAAGAAACCCAACUAUUCUACUUUCAGGCACGCGGCAUUGACUUAGAGACAGCUCGAAAGGCUCUUGUAUUUUCUUUUGGAGCUGAGGUAAUUGAGAGGUUGCCUAAUUCUUUUAUGCAGAAGCAAGUCGAGAGUCAUGUCAAAGGAUUACUGAGUUCCACUUUCAAGGGAUCUUCACAUUAAAGGGCUGUGGAUGUUUAGAAAACUUGACUGUUUGACAAGAAAGUUAAAUUGUUUUGCAGAGGCAUAGUCACUAUCAGUAAAUUAACAAUUAAAUUUUUGGCCUGUAUCAAGUAGCUUUUAGUGCUCCAUUGGGUUUACAUGCAUGCCAACAAUAUGGGAUUGUACUUCUAUAAAUAUGUAAUCUGUUUUUUCUUUUUUUUUUCCCUUA